AAUCCACUUUUUCUGUAGAAAAAGCCAGUGGCAGAAGCAACAGCAGUAACAGUAGCAGUAGCAGUAGCAGCAGCAGCGACAGAAGCUGUAGUAAACCCGCAGUUGUGGCUACUACACGAAGGUUCCCUUCUGAUUCUGGAGCUUUCGCAGACUGGGUAGCUUCAUCUUCUUCCGCUGCCGGCCGUGCAGAUGAUCUCUCCCUCGGCUUCAAUGCACUACCUACAGCUGGUGCCGGUGCCGCAACCCCCACCGGUACUCCAACCGCCGCUGCCGCUUGGUCUUCGGCCACGCGACACCCAAUUAAUUACGGUCUCCCACCAGAGAUGGGCAUGGUGGGUCUUCGUGACGUGUUCCUCGUCGCUCCGGCAUCGUCGUUUCAUCACAACACACAACAUCAAGAGCCCACAAUCAUCUCCGAUCACUACCACCACCACCAUCAUCACCAGAUUAGCAAUUCCAACGCUGCAACUGCUCUUGGCGUGGGUGUCGGUGUCGGCGUAAUACCCCUCCUCACCACCUCCCCUCUACUCGCUUCUUCUGGCAACGUUGGAAUCGACGACGACGAUAACCAUAACAACAUCAACACUCGUAAUAGCAGUAGUGGUAGUAAAAUUCAGUUAUGGCAGAACCAGCAGAGUAACUUCCUCAGAAAGCCCAUGUUGGAUCACACGAAUUCUGUUAAUUUUCUCAACACCGGAGGCUGUUCCGGCACUGGUGACGCAACCAGUAGCGGCGGUGCAGUUGGGAUUGCGGGCUCGUCUUCAUCGACAACUACAUGUCAGGAUUGUGGAAACCAAGCCAAGAAGGACUGCAACCACCGCCGGUGUAGGACUUGUUGUAAGAGCCGGGGUUUUGAUUGCGCAACUCACGUGAAGAGCACGUGGGUCCCAGCAUCUCGCCGGCGUGAGCGUCAGUUAUCCGCGGCAGCCGUAGCAGCCGCUGCAGGUUCUUCUGGGUCUACUUCCGGCGUCAAGAAGCCUAGACUCAUUGCUUCACAGACCACCACCACUUCACAUACCUCUACAUCCAAUGACACUCCUCCAAGAAGCUUUGAUACUAGCUCAAGUCAUCAAGAUGCGAGUUUUAGGGAUGCAUUGCCGGGGCAGAUAAGGGCGCCUGCAGUUUUUAAGUGCGUUCGGGUGACUGCCAUUGAUGAUGGUGACGACGAGUAUGCUUAUCAGGCUGUUGUGAAGAUUGGUGGGCAUGUGUUUAAAGGGUUUUUAUAUGAUCAAGGAGUUGAAGGGAGAGAUGGGUUUCCUAAUCUCUCUGAGUUGCACUUGGGGGGUGGUGGUGGUGGGGGUGGUAGGAAUGGUGGUUCUUCUUCUUCACCAAUUAUUGAUCCUUCAGAUGUUUAUGCGGCUUCUGCUGGUGGUGGAUUGCUUGGAGGUACGGCUUAUGGAAACCCAAUAAAUUGAAGGGCUUGGAGGGGAAAAUACAAUG